GCAGGCACUGUCAAUGGUGAGCUCCACGAUGCCAGGCCGAUGCCCUGCCCCCCAGGCCGGCCCCGGCGCUCCCGACGUGCAGAGAGCCGAGCGCCGCCCCGCAGCCCCCGCGCUCGCCUCCGCUCCGUUCCCCGCCAGGACUCGGCGAGAGCCCGAGCGGCAGCGGCGCAGGGCUCAGCCCCGGGGCGGAGCUGGCGGCGGCGGAGAGGAGGCGGCACGGCCGCAGCAGAGCCGGGGCUCAGCGGCACAGCGAGGCUCGGCCGGCGGAGCGGCGGCAUGCGGCGGGCUCGGGGCGCGGCGCUGCCGGCGCUGGCCCUGGUGCUGAUCGCCGUGGCUGCGGACACAGACCAAGUGCAGCAGAGGCCAUGGGCAGAGACCACCGAGGGCACCAGCCUGAACCUCACUUGCCAGCACCCCAAAAUCGCUGCCGACUCCACCCACUGGUAUCGCCAAUUCCCACACCAAGCACCCCAGCUGAUAGCAACGGCUGUCCUCGGCACAAAACCCGUGCUGGAGCCAGAGGGGAGUCUGACGGUGUCGGCAGACCGGCGCUCGAGCGCGCUGUGGCUCGGGCGGCCCCGGCGCGGGGACGCGGCCGUGUAUUACUGCGCGCUGGGGCCACGGGCAGAGGAGCCGGGGCUGCGGCCGGGCACGAACCGCCGCGGGCGGGGCCGGGCGGGGCCAGCAGGGGGCGCUGCCGCUCCCGCUCGGCCCGGGCUGCGGCACCGGGACCGACAAAGCACCCCAGCUGAUAGCAACGGCUGUCCUCGGCACAAAACCCGUGCUGGAGCCAGAGGGGAGUCUGACGGUGUCGGCAGAUCGGCGUUGGAGCGCGCUGUGGCUCGGGCGGCCCCGGCGCGGGGACGCGGCCGUGUAUUACUGCGCGCUGGGGCCACGGGCAGAGGAGCCGGGGCUGCGGCCGGGCACGAACCGCCGCGGGCGGGGCCGGGCGGGGCCAGCAGGGGGCGCUGCCGCUCCCGCUCGGCCCGGGCUGCGGCACCGGGACCGACACCGGCACCGACAAUGGACAUCGGCCCCAGAACCGGCGCCGCCACGGACACAGGCACCGGUAGCGAUACCGGUACUGGCGCCGACAACAGCGCCCACACCGGCACCAGCUCCGGCUUUCAGCCACCGACCGUGCUCAGCCCCUCUCCUCAGCCCGGGCUGCGUCCGGCUUAG